AUGGCCUCCAACAAAGGUUUGUAUCCCGCUGCCGCCGCCCUCGUCCCGGCCGUGCCCGCUGACAGUCCGACAGCCAUCGAGCACACGCUGCGCACCAUCUUCCGUCGCUGCUACCAAUGUCCCGAAGAGACGCCCUCGUGUCCCACGUGCAGUGACGGCGAAUACUGCUCACAGCUCCUGUCGUCAUGCACCCAGUGCGCUUCCGCCGUAUGCGUCAAGAUGGACGGUUCGCCCGGCACUGAAAAGAAGUCUGGCGGCACCAAUGUUGGCGCCAUCGCAGGCGGCGUCGUCGGCGGCGUCGCCGUGCUCCUCAUCCUCACGUUCUUGGUCUGGAAGUUCUAUUACAAGGGCAAGAGAAGGCAAUACGAUGAAUCCGAUCACUGGUCCCACAUGGACGUCGAGCAGGAGAAGGGUGCCAAUGACUUCACCAUGAGACGAGACGCACGGGCAUCCACGCACACUGUCGCCUCCAUGGCCUCGACCGUCCUUACCCGAGCCUCGAACAUCAUUCAAAUCGCCUACAUUCCCGGUGUCACGAACCGCUCCGGUGCCCCGUCCCCUGGCACACUUGUCCCCCCCGUGCCCCCGAUUCCAAGCGCCCACUCCGGUACCGCCAGUCCUUACUCGGAGCAGCACUUCUUUGUUCCCGGCGAUCUGCGCGACUCGACCUACUCUGGAUUGUCCGCCGGUCGUUCGAGCAUCUCGCCUAGUCUGGCCCGCAGCAGUGUCGCUACCACCAUCUACCGCAACAACGCCGUCAUCUCGCCUCUUCCCGCGCAAACCAUUGUUCGUGGCAAGGCCGCCGUUGUCAGUGUCAAGUCAAACAGCUCAGGCAGCCCGACUGAAACUCCUGGAUCUGAGACGCCUCCUGUUCCCUCCAUCAACUAUGACCAAUUGGAGAAGGAGGGCAGGAGCCCCAAGGGUGGCUUCAAGAUUCAAAUGCCCCACUCCUCGGAUAAAGCCGGUGUCAGCCCUCAAGGAUCGGUAAAGAGCGUCCAGAUUGGCAAGCCGAAGGCCCUCACCAUCACGAAGGCAAAGAAGUCGAAGACGUCAUUGGCAAACGAAGUCAGCAUGGCUGCCGCGGGCGGUCCCUCAGAAGACUCGGGUUCGAGAGGGAAAUCGCCGACCGCUGAUAGGAUACCAAUCAAGAUGCGACCCUUGACGGAGGUCUCGAUCACGGACUCGGCCGCAUCGGGACCGGAAUACAAGAGCCACAUGGAUGACGAUUCUUCAGACGAUGAGGACGACGACAAGGCUGGAGUCCGCGAUAGCAACGUCACGGAGAUCCAGGACACGCCCGGCAUGGCGCAGAGCCCAUUUGCGGACAGCAACAGGGCCGAAAACCUGGAGACUGUGAUUGAGGAGGCAACCAAGCGGGCAAGCAAGGACGUAACAGGCGGUCUUGGCAACGCACGAGCACGAAGCCCGUUCGGGGACGAGAAUGCGUUGAAAGAGUGA